ACUAUUUACCUGUUUUCCACGGACUUUAAGACCUACCUGCUAUAAUUACCAGUGUGAUGAGUCUGGGAAACUCAUUGUAAUCGUGGUCACAGAAGUCUAAUACCCGUGUGCUGCCCAUGUUUGGUUUUGCUGUUGGAGCAAACACAGCGAACGUUUCCCUACCAUCUAAAGUUGUCAGUGUCAUUGAAACCGUUGCUAGUCGGACAACGUAUGUAGUACACAAUCAGCUUAUGGAACACGAACCAAAAUUGGAGGAAUCACAUCCACUGGGAGGUACACCUCUCGCCAUGUUAGCUGCCCAGUGUAAUAAAAUCAACAACAAAAGUCCACCACCUUUCGCAGAGAACCCUCUUGCUAAAGGAUUUCAUCCCUGGCGGAAGACUGAGGCAGGAGGUGCCACAUCGGGAGCAAUAACCCUGGCUUCUCAGAAAGGCGCUGUCCUUCCAAGUGGAGCGGCAGUAUCAACCAACUAUCUCAACUACAGCCGUUCGCCAUCAAACAACUGUUCAAGUGCUUACACAGACAGUCUUUUCAGCUCUACUAACUCAUCCCCCGCGUAUGCGCAGUCUGAUUCUGCGCAUAAGGUGGCACCGGAAACAGCCCUGAGCAGUGUAUAUUCCAGAAUGCACACCCUAGCUGGACAUCCAUACGACUCUUGGCCAUUUAAUGUUACAGGGGCACAUCCGGCCACUGCGCAUACACUGAAAGCAGCAGAAGUGACCGGAAGUGUUGGUGGCACGUCUGCGUGGUGGGAUGUGCACGCAAACGCCGGAAACUGGCUCCAGGAUGUAUCGGGAACUGCUGGGGCGGCUUUGAGAACCCAACUGGCUUCUAACUACCCAACAGCGGAUUAUGGACUCACCCAUGCCUUGGGUUCAGGAACCAAUUCCCUCCUAUCCCCGAGCCAACAAAUCCUCCAAGACACGUACACCUACAAAUCCAUGCUGUCCAGCCAGACUGAGUUGGGGGCUACAAGUGUAACACCAUUCUACAGCCGUUCCCCACUCCCAAAUCUCUCAAACUCACGUUCUCAACGCCGUUAUACUGGACGCUCUAAUUGCGACUGUCCAAACUGCCAAGAGGCCGACCGGCUUGGCCCAGCGGGGGAACACAUCCGGAAGCGUAACCUCCACAACUGUCAUAUUCCCGGAUGUGGUAAAAUCUACAACAAGUCGUCGCACCUCAAGGCCCACCUUCGCUGGCACACUGGGGAACGGCCGUUCGUGUGUAACUGGUUAUUCUGUGGCAAACGUUUCACCCGAUCUGACGAACUCCAGCGUCACUUGCGCACACAUACCGGCGAGAAAAGGUUCGCGUGCCCAGUUUGCAAUAAGCGAUUCAUGCGUAGUGAUCAUUUGGCAAAGCACGUUAAAACGCACAGCGAGAUGGAUGAGGAUGGUUUGAAGGAAUGCAGUGAUUCAGAGCUGCAGGACCAGGGUGAGGAGAAUGCGCAAUCCGUCACGUGUUCUAUGACGUCACCAGCGGCAUUGUCUAUAACGAACGAUGACGGUGAGAAGAGACUUCGCUGAUACCAUGUGACUUUGUGGAUAUGCACUCUUUUAUUUUUUUUCUGUUUUCAUGUGAUGUUAUAUCUGCAUUGUGUUUGGAGUCCGUCUGCAAUAUUGUUUAAUAUGUUUAUUCCUUGAUAUAAAUAGUCAAUCUGAUA